AUGCUGUUGAAACAGUUGUCGACGGCGCGGUCGGCGGCGGCGGAGGCGGAGAGCGCGAGGGAGACACUCGGGGAGGCGAUGGCGCGGGAGGUGGCGAAGUCGAAGACGCUGGCGAAGGAUGUGGAGGAUAAGGCGGAGGCGCUGCGCGCGGCGGCGAAGCGAGCGAAGAAGGAAAGUAAGGAUUCGGCGGAGGACGUCAAGGCGGAGGCGGAGCGAUUGCGAACGUUGAACGCGAGGCUUAUGAAGGAGGUUUCCAUCGCGAGAGCGGUGGUGAAGGCUCGAGAGCACGAGGAGGCGACUUUGAAGGCAAUCGCGGGGAAAUCGGACGAGCGCGCCAACGCGCUCGAGGCUGAGAUUGACGCCAAGCAACGGACGCUCGAAAGAGUUCAACUCGCGCUAGUUUCGGCGACAGAGCGAGCUGCGGAUAGCUUGCGAGCAAAUAUGAAGGUGGAGAAGCUCGCCGAGACGAACGCGGUGUUGAUGGGCGAGUUGGCUGCGUUGCGCGAAUCCGCGGCGAGCGAUUCCCAGGCGCUGCGCGCGCAAAUCGCCGCCAAAUCGGAUGCCUUGAUCGAGGCCAAGGCCGAUCUCGCGGCCGCGGAGGACGAGGUCAAUGCGCUGAGCGGCGCGAAAUCCGACGUUGAUAACCUUCGUUCUCUGAACGCGACGCUGAUGCAGCAAAUAAAGUCUCUUCGUUUCAAGGCUGACGAGGCGCUCGACGUCUCUCGCGCGCUCGAGGGCAAGGAACGCGAAUUGGCCAAGGUGUGCGAUGAUCUGAAGGUUGCUGAAGACGCCAAGAGCGCGGCUGAGGACGACGUCAUGAAGUUGCGACAACUCAACGUGACGUUGCUUCAACAAAUCUCCGCGCUUAAGGAGAAUUCAGAGGUGGACGGAGCGGCGCUCGAAGCCAAGCAGUCGGAACUCGAGGCGGCGCAAAUGGCGCUCGAACUCGUCGAAGAGGAACAAGAGCGCACGCAGAACGACGUCACGAAGCUUCGCGAAUUGAACACCGUCAUCAUGUCUCAAGUCAAAACGCUGAAGAAGUCGUCCUUGGAUGAUCGAGCAGCGUUCAAGGCGGACAUGGAUGCCAAGAAUGCCGAGUUGUCGCGCGCGCGUGUCGAACUCGCGCGACUCGAACAGUCCAACGGCACGUCCGAAAGUGCUCUCGAAAAGGCUCGCAUGAGACAAGCGGCGUUGGACGGCGAAGUCACGACUUUGAAAAAGAUUGCUGAAGAGAACAUGGCGACGAACGCGCAUCUCACCGGCCAAAUCGAAGCAAAACAGCUCGAACUCGCCGAUGUCAAGGAAUCUCUCGCGACGGCCGAGGCCAAGGCUGCGAAACUCGAAGCGGCAGAAUAUGACGUAUCCAAGCUUCGCGAGCUGAACUCUGUCCUCAUCGCGCAAGUGAAGACGUUGCGAUCCGUCGAAGCGGAGAAUGCGUCUCUCACCGCGGCCUUGCGCUCGCGCUCAGCUGAGCUCGAAAAAGCGCAGCUUCAACUCGCUGCCGCCGAGCGUGCCAAGGCUACAGGUGAAAAGGUUUCGGAAAGUGAAAUCGCCAACUUGCGCGAGCUCAACACGCGCAUCAUCCAGCGCAUGGGCGAGGUAAAGGAGGAGCAGGAAAAGAAGUUCCAACAACUCAUCGACACGAAGACGCUUGAGCUUGCGAGUGUCAAGGCGGAGCUGGCAGAGGCGACGAAGGAGCUCGCCAUCGGUCGCAAAGAUGCGAUGGCGCUCGAAAAAUCGCUCGAAAAGUUGAGAACGAUGAAUGCAGAGUUGAACGGGUCGAUCAAGGCGUUGGAAGCGGAGAUUGAGGGCGAGAAGAAAGCGACGCUUGAGAUGCGCCAGGCGAUUCUCGACGCGCAGGCAGAGUGCGCUAGUCUCAAAGGGCGUUUGUCGGCGAAAGACGACGAACUCGAAUCUGCAUGGUCUGCGCUUAUGUGUGUGAACGCCGAUUUGAAACACGCUUUGCACGACGCCACGGGUAUGCGUGCUCUGGCGGAGAAGCGCCACGGAGAGCUCGAAGAGGCGAACGUCAACGUCGAUCGCUUGCGUGAGCUGAAUCACAUGAUGAUUGAACGUCUGCACAACGCCAAGAAGGCUGCGCUCGAAGCGGAGGCAUUGAACGCUGAAUUUGCCGCCGCGCGUACUCAAGCCGAAGUUACGGUUCGUUCAGAAGAGGCGAAGGUUGCCGCGCUUGAACAAAAGCUCAAGGAGAAGGACGAGGAGUACGCGACGACGACGCUCGCGCUGCGCGCCGAGAUGGAAUCCGGAAACUCAGCCUCCGCGCAACGUUUGGCCAAUCUCCAAGCGCAAAUGCAUUCCCAGACCCACUCGCUUGAGCGCCAACUCGAGUACGCCAACUUGGACCUGCAAAAGGUUCAACGAUCGGAGGCGGCGCACAUUGAAGACCAACGGCGAAGCGCCGAAGAAAUCGAAUCUCUCGUCGCGCAACUCGAGCUCACGGAGAGCGACGCGAAGAAGGACGCCAACGCGAUGAACAAACAUAUCUUCGCCCUCCAAUCCAAGGUAGCCGCGCACGAAGCAUCCAAUAAAGCCUUGACGAAGAAGUUGAACUCGUCCAAAGCUGAGAUCAAAGCGCUCGAGCAAAAGCUCGCCGACGCGCAAAGCACGUCGAGCAAGAGAUGGACUGAUUUGGCUGCGGCAUCGCGAGAUUUACAAGAAGCGUUUACAGCCAACAAAGUUAAAGAUACCAUCAUUGCAACCAUGCGCACAGAACUCAAGGAGCUCACGAACACGGCUGAGUACUUCACCCGACUCGCGCGAGAGCACGGCGAAGAGGCGAAAGACUUCAGCGUCAAGUUAUCGCAAGCGGAGGGUCAAGUCGUCUCGCAAGAGAAACGAAUCGGACACCUCUGCGCGUCGUUGGAAGAAACCGAGAUCGCGCGAAACGAGUUGUCCCAGAAGGUUGUCGCGCUCGAGCGCAAGGGUGGCGUCGCAGAGAUGACCAUUCGCGCCGCUGCUGAGCACCUGUAUAAAGCGAACGAACGCGCGCGGUCUUUGGAGCACCAACUCAAAUCGGAACGCGCUGAUUUUGAGCGAACGCAAGCGGCGUUGACUGAAACGCUGAACGCUGCCGAACGUUCUAUGGAAGCCAACAUGCAAAUCAUUUGCGACCUCGAAGCCAAGUACCAAGAAACUUUGCAGCUCUUACUCGUCGAGCGCGAGCACAGUGCCGAAGUGCGCGACGAGAUGCGCAAGGAACUUCAAUUCGUCAACGAAGAGCUCGACGCCACGUCUGCGGAUCUCGAAAUCAUGAUUGAACGGAAUAACUCUGGCAUCUUGCUCAAAGUCGCGGACAACGCGAUGUGCAAGCUUGUGUUCUCCGCCGCGCCAAAGAUUUCUGCGCGCGGCGUCAAAGCCGUCAUUCGUCUCGGCAUGCUCGGCGGUAUCGCCGCGUUGAUUGGUCAAACCGUGCGUCAACUCAAGACUAAGGUGGUCGACAAAGCCACCUCGCAAACGCCGCGCGCGUCUUUCCGCUUCGCCUUCCGAGGUUGA